GUACAAGCUGUGACUGACUUCUUGUCAUGUGACGAGUGGGGGAAAAUGUCAACAUCACUGAGCUCUGGGCUGUGAAACCGAGUAUUAUCCACCGUUGCGUCUCUUUUUGCGGCGUUUAAAUGAAAUAUUAUGAAUUAGCGUCUACCCUACACAGUAAGAACCGGAUGUUGGCUGUUUGUUUUCCAACUGUCACUGCGCAGGAUGGCUCUCGCUCACCCAGGCCAGUCCUCCCUUGUGCACAGUUUGGCCACACUUCUUCGCAAUAAUGGUGACUUAGUGCUGGAUGGCAGCAGCACGCUGACCCUUCCGGCUUGCACCCUGCAGCAGCUCACCAGGCUCUUUGAGCAGUACUUGUUGUCCAGGAACCAGCAGCAUGGCUUCUUGGCGCUGCCCUCCCACCCGGCCGAUACUUCCUCUCUGCUCCAGUUGCAGUUCCUGUUCGACGUGCUGCAGAAAACGGUUUCGCUCAAGCUUACCCAUCCACCAGGAGUGAGACUGGAGCCUGUGGUGAAAAUCUUCCCUUUCAAAUCUCUCAAGUGUUUAGAGCUGAAGAGAAUCCCUCCACACCUCCUUGAGGGACUCCGAGGAGUUUAUUCCCAGCUGGAGGUUUUUACCUGCUCAAAGAGCCUCAGCUCCUUGGAGGAGCUGCUCUCUCUGUGUGGAGGUGACCUGAGCUCUGCCCUGCCUUGGCUGGAGCUCCACACCCUGAACUUCAGCUACAACUCCAUCAUCUGCCUUGACCAGUCACUGAGUUUACUAAACGUGCUGAAAUCUUUGGAUCUAAGCCAUAACAAGAUUCAAGAGUGUGAGGAAUUUCUAAAGCCCCUGAGUGAGCUGGAACACUUAAACUUAGGAUACAACUGCCUGCAGAGGGCGCCAGCGCUCAGCCCCACCGCCAGGGCCAAGCUGCACACACUCAUCCUCAGGAACAACGAACUGGAAACCAUUAACGGUGUGGAGCAGUUGUCUUCGCUCCAGCAUUUAGAUCUGGCCUACAACCUGCUGCUGGAGCACUCCCAGCUGGCUCCUCUCUCCCUGCUGCACUGCCUCAGCACGCUGAUCCUGGAAGGAAACCCGCUGUACUUCCAGAAGACCCACCGUACCUGCACUGUUGGACAUCUGUCCCCAAAAGCUGCCAACCUCAGACUAAGACUUGAUGGAACCCCGCUGUCCUCCUCUGAGUUAUCAGUUCUACCAAAAGCUGGUCAGUUGAUCCAGGGUACAGACAUCCAGGUACAGACAUCUGUGCCUGUAGUUUGUGAUCCACCUGAACGCAAAUCCCAGGAACCUUCAAGUGGAGCAGGGGAGUUGAGUGACAGCCUGUCCGUCUCGGAAGCUGGGAUGUCGCGGUUUAGAAGGAAGAAAUGCAGGAGUAAGGUAAAGGUACGGAGAGCCAGCAUAUCAGAACCAAGUGAUACUGAUCAUGAACCCAGACCCAUUUCCUCCACACAGGACAUUGUUCUUCCCCACCAACAGGAGAUCGAGCGCAUGUCCAGCUUCAGAGAUCAGCUGGGGGAAGACUGGCUGAGAUACCAGCACCAUCUGGAUGGAGGAACAUCCACCACCAUCACCACAACCAUCCGUACGAGCCAGUCCACCUCUCAGACUCUAACCAAUGGCGUCAGCGCCUCCAAAACCCGUUUGCCUAGUGAUCCCGGGCACCACCAGCUGCCUCCUUUGCCUCCUGUGGAAGUCCUGGAUGUUCUGCCGCUGCCGCCGCUCCUCUCCUCCGAGAUGAACCAGAUGGAGACAGAGUCCACUUUACAGUGGCUGAGUCAGAGCACCCAGCAAACGGAAUCCACUCUGGAGGCCGGUCUUGUGGAUGGUCCAGCUGUGAAGAAGGAGGCGGGGGGCUCGCAUCAUUCGAGCCCGGACACCCAGAGGUCUGUGAGGACGCCGAGUGGAGGUACCAACCAGGAAGAAGAAGAUGAACUUGGAGUUGACCUGUGUCGCCCCCUGCUUGUCGGCGUCCUGCUCGACAAACAGGAAAUGGACAGCGAAGGUCAGGAGAAGAAGAAGAUCGAGAUGUUUUUGCGCGUCAAACAAGGAGUACUGCUGGAGGUGGACAUGCAACGCGGCAUGGAGAGAUGCCGGCUGGAGCUGGACAGCCUGGCCCGGGUCGAGACCACAGAGGCCGUUUGGACCCGAGAGGACACUGAAGGUCUGUUUCCUGCCUUGGAGCUUCAUUUCGACUACAUCGUCAAGGCAAAACAGAGGAGAUGCUACGUCCUGCUGGAUGAUGACCCACAGCAGGCAGCACAGGUUUUGACUGACAUCUUGUCCGUCGUGGUGGAGGAAAACCAGCAGCGGGAUUCCGAACUGGUCCCGGGCGGUGCUUGCCUGCAGUGUCUUCGCUGCAGGUCGGAGUUCACCUCUCAUGUGGCAGCUGGUGAGGAGGAGGAUGCUGGAGGAGGAGGAAGGAGGAGGAGUCGUGAGGGCGCAAUGCUACCGGAUGGUGAGGAUGGACGGUACAGGGAGGAGCAAACAGAUUCUGAUUAUUUUUAUGACAGCACAGGAAGGACUUGUGUUUGCCCAGAAUGUGGCAGUGACCAUGUAGUUCAAGUGGCUGAACAGACAGCUCCCUGCACCAGUACUCCCAUCAGCCGAUCUCCAAGGCCUGGAAGUGAAGAUGAUCAUCUUGAUUUUACCCAGAGCAUCUGCAGUGUAGACAAGCUUGAUGAUACAAAUGAACUCAUAAGCAGUAGUCUCAUCCCAGAGACUGCCAUCACGUCAGCGGAUCCGAGCUUUGUCACCGCCCAGGGAACCUCCUUCUUUAUUGGGGAUACUCCAGAUGACACCAGCAGCCUCUCCUUCAACACCGAGUGUCCAAGUAAAGAGGACCUGGCAGGAAGCUACCACUACUCCAUCCCAGCAGCUACACCACCUCCAGCCGAACCUACAGGGUCAUCCGUCCCUAAGGAUGACUUGGAUCUAUUGUCCGAGGACUAUGAGUCCGUGGACCAUCGGCUGAAGCUUUUCUUGGAUGUGGAGGUCUUUGAAGAGGAAGAGGAGCUUCACUCGUUUCUCAAGAUGUCAGCUGUAAAAUUUGGGGAAUCAGGGGAGGUUCCCUCGCUGUUGGUUGUUUCGAACCAGCGGUUAUACUUUCUGGAAAUGAAGUCAGACAUGCACAGAGGCCCACUCGCCGAUUGGCUGCAAAAGAAGGAUAGCUACCCAAUCGCGGAGCUCUGCUACCUGGAGGUGGGACUUGGCUCCCAGAGCAUUCACAUGGAGUUUGCAGUUGGAGGCGUGGCCUAUACUCUUCUCGUCAGGGACAGCGUGCGCUGCAAGCGCUUCUUUGGGCUCUUAACAGCGGGUUCAUGCAGACUGAGCACAUCCUGCCCAGACCAGAUCGUCUGCAAGGGAGGACCGGAGGCUGGAGAGAGAGGAAAACCUUUUAUUAGAUGGGGGUCUCCUGCACGGUUCUUGGAAUGUCUGAGGGAAUAUGGAAAAUUAAUUCAAAGGUUAGGAAGAAAACAGGAAAUCACUUCUGGAAUGUAUGGAAAGGAUGCAGCAGUCUUAUCACUGAAGGAGCUCUCCAGUUCUGCAACAGCUCCAUGGAUGGACAUUGUCCAACAGCGAUGUUAUUUUAGUUGUAAUCCUUCUGCCUUCCACCACCUGCACUGGGUCGAGGGGACAUCCUAGGACACCAUUGUUUUUUCUUCGUAAUUACAAUUUGCGGAAUUUGAUGGUCGAUGGAAAUGCAGCUAGUGUUGUGACUCCAUUCCAGGUACUUUUAAGAGUCCACUAUCUUGACGUCAGUUCCCUGGACGUUCACCAGUGACAUUGUGGUGGGUCUGCACCACCACCAGUUCUUUAGUUUGCUCCAUGUUGAUCAGGAGAUGGUUCCACUGGCACCGAUUAACACAGUAUUAGUGUACAGUGGAAUGGUUUAUUUUAAAUUAUUUUAAGCACGUCUUUAAUCCCUUUACCAUACUUUUAAACUGCUAUGGUUUUAGCUGAUUUAAGUAGAAAUAAACCAGAAUUUUUUUUUAUAUUUAAUGGAAAUAUUUAAAAGGUCUUCAGUUUCUAUUGUUUAUUUAUAUUACUUUAUAUUGUUCUUUCAUAUGAUUAUAUAUCAGGUUUUAAAUGUUAAAAGCUGGCAUUUAAAAAAAAACAAAAAAAACAUCACCUUUAAAGUCCAGCUGUUUCUAUGUUUCUGCCCCCUUAGCACGUUGUUUUUAGCACCACGGGCCAGCCUGUUUGAAAGCUUCUUUAAUAUAUUCUGCCUUCCUGCCCAAGCUGAUACCAGACGUCUCUGUUACUACCAGGCUGAACGUGAUGAAUUUCAGCAAGGAGGUAGAGCAAGGCCUAAAUGAAGGGCCCAUUAAGUCUGCAGCCUUUACAGUUUUGUUUCCCACUUCCGCCAAAGCUAUCUUUUCUUUUCUUUCCUUCCCUCUUUGUGUAAGCUCCCUCUCUGCUGUGAGAGUCUAAAUCCAUAAACAGCUCAUUUAGUUCCUUGUAUUUCAUUGUGGCUGAAAAUGUUUCCAGAUUGCCUUCAACAAGACCACAAAGGCUCUUGUUGAAUUCUUGGUAAAAAUCCCCAAGAGAUGCAUAAAAAAAUCAGAUGUUUCCGAUUCAAAUGUCAACUAUAUGUUGUUUUCUGAGAUAGUUGAGUUGUUAUUACGCCGACGACUCUGUUCUUUAAGCCAAAUGGACCCCAAAAACAGCUGUUGAAAGAUUUCGCCAGAGGAAGCACGGAAACGCUUAACCAAAACAAUCCCCGUCCCAUCGCCUAAAUCAACGGACAAAGUUUGCAACCACAACUGGAAUGACGAUGGACUCGCUGGCUUGAGAGGAUGGAAAGGAUGUGGUUAUAACCAGGACAGCUUUCUGGAACUGGGAGCUUUGACGCAGCUUUUGUUGAAACAUGAAAGAUGACACGUGGCAGAUGGGACCUGAAGUCAAAAAAACAACAAAAACGGUUUUAUUAACUUUUGUUUUUCUCUCAUUUGGAGCAGUUUAUUGCUUUUCACUUGAGUUUGUCUAGGGGAAAUUUGCAAGAUUGAUGGGUUUGUUCCCCUCAAAAAACAAAAAACAAAACUGAAAUCAGAGAGCAGCUGUCUGAUAUAUCAAGCAGAGGUGGUGUGUUUACUUCCAUGUGAAAACUAUCAGGGGCUUUUGUGUUGAUCCUGGAGGCAGUGAGAGAGUCUGAAACAGGAGGAAGCUGCAGUAUUGACAUUCACCAGAGCACCAUCCAGACUGGUUUUGUUGCCAGCUUGCUUCUAAACACACUCUGUCGUCCUGUCGCCUUUGCUGAUGCAUGACCGGAGCCUUGGAUAGCACCUUGCUAACUGUCGGCGUUAACACGUUAUUUAAUCUUGUAGUUAGUCCAUCACUCUCUGCUUCAUCUCAGCAGUGUGGGACUCUUUCUUAGUUGGAUUUAUGUUGGGGGGGGGGGAAGCUUUUCUUUAUUGAUCGUGUGCUUUUUUUUAUCUUACCUGGCAAUUUAUGAAGCUUCUACUUGAUUGGUUAAAGGUGAAAGCUUCUUACAGAGCUGUUUCUGUUUUAAUGCCCAUAACCGAGGGGUUGGUUUAUGACUUGAGACCCUGUUUUGCCUGUUUCCAAUAAUACAACUCUGCAUAACACCACACAUUAUGAUCCAAUGUGAUACAAUAUGAUAUAGAAUGAUGCAAUAUAAUAUUAGUGAUAUGUAUACAGUGUGAUACAAUACCAUAGAAUUGAUUAUGAUACAGUAUGAUAUAAUGUGAUAUAAUACAGUAAAGCAGUAUACUUGAUAUGUAUAUGAUAAAUUAUCAUAAUGUAUGGUACAAAACAACACAGUAUGAUAGAGCAUAAUGAAGUAUGAUAAAUACCAUGCCACAUAGAAAAAUACAACAUUAUAUAGUAUUAUGGCAUAAUAUACACUAUGGUACAGUAUGAUACAGUAUAUUAUGUCAUAAUGAAGUAUGACACAAUGCAAAAGAUGUAAAAUGUAGAGUACCACACAGCACAAUAAAAUAUGAUAUAGUCCCAUUCAGUAUAAUACAAAAGGAUCCAUUAUUAUACCAUAUGAUACAGAAUUAUGCAAUAUAAAAUGAUAUGAUACAAUAUGUGGUGUAAUACGCUACAACACGGAAAAGAAUCACAGUAAUAUACAAUACAAUUCUCUACCCUUCAGUAUAAAAAUGUGUUAGAACUAGUAUGUAAUAUGAUACAGAUGGUACAAUAUGAUGAGAUGUGACACAAUACAAUGUAAUCCAAUUGGGACAGUAUCAUACAAUUCAGUACAGCAUGAUUUAGUACAAUAUGAUGAUUUAAUGUGCUAGAGUAUAAUACAGUAUCAUACUGUUAAGUAUAAUAGAGUAUAGUACAGUAUGUUGCAUUGUUAUAUAAUAUGAUACCAACGGAAUGAUGUAAGAAGAUAAUGUACACUGCAUAACAUGACACAAUUAGAUACUAUACAAAAUUUGACAGUAUGACACAGUGCUAUACUAUGAUAGAAUUACGAAACACAAACUUGUUUUGCACUGUUUUGUUGGGAUCCCAAUAGUUGCCUUUACAAAAAAAUAAAAAUAAAUUGAACUAAAAUAGCAGUGCUCUUGUUUACAAGUUGCCAGAAACCAAAAAUGUUUGAAUUAUUUCUGUAUUUCAGUUUAUUCUGACAAUGAAUGGUACAUCUAAUCUCCGCACUCAACAACUUUAAAACCGCAAUCCUGUGGUUUUCUUCAUUUAUUACACUACAGUAUAAUACAAUACCUGUUGAAAAUAAAAGCCCUAAAAUUCAA